AUGUCCCGCUGGUCACUCCCCCAACGUUCCCCCCCAUCCCCCGAACCCCCCUUCUCCCCCGAUCCCUUCUUCCCCGAUCCCCUCAUGCCCCCAUCCCCGCAUUCCCCCAUUCCCUCAUACCCCCGUCCCCCCAUCCCUCAGGACCUGAAGGAGGGCCCCCCCGCGGAGUGGACGGUGGAGGAGCAGGGCGGCACCAUCGACGCCGUGCUCAAAAGAACGUACCAGGGGGAGGCAAUAUCCGUCGUCGCGGCCUUCGCGGACGACGACGAGGCGUAUCCGGAGGAAGGCGAGGGGGAGAGCGAGGAGGAGGAGGAGGGGGAGGAGGAGGAGCGCCUGACGCCGCUGUCGGUGCGGGUGACCGUUGCCAAGAAGGCGGAUCAGGGGGAGCUGGAGAUCGACUGCGUGGUGGACGGCAACUCUUGGAUUAUUCAGGACGUGCGUCUGGAGGACCCUGACGUGCCAGAGGACGGCAUUCCCUAUGGCGGCCCACAGUUCUCCACGCUGGACCCGGUAUUGCAGGAGCAGUUUGACUCGUUCCUGCGGCGGCGGGGCAUCAGUGCAGGCCUGGCAGCGUACCUGAGGCGGUACCUGGAGGACAAGGAGCAGCGCGAGUACGUGCGCUGGCUCAAACGCCUCGGGGCCUUUGUGGCUCAGAAGUGA